UCAAAUUCUCAUCUUUUCAUCAUAUUUUCUUGUUAUAGUUGUUCUGCUUUCAAUAUUCAGCAAUAAAACUCAUUUUAGUUUCCAGUCACUGUACUUCUUAUUCUUCAAUUUGCUGUCAUUUAGUUCCUCUCUUGCUGUAUGCAUAAACACCAUUUUACACUUGAUCCACUUUUAAUUUAUCAUUUUGGUAUCAGAGCUGUGGUUGUAGAAGGCUUUGUUUGUGCUGAUCAUUAUGACAGGAAAAGGUGGUGGUACAAAAUUUGAGAUUCCACGUUUUGAUGGAUCAAAUUUUGCACUAUGGAAAUUGAAGAUGCAUGCAAUGCUCGUGAAGGAUGGUUGUGCAGUUGCUUUCUUGCCAAGAGAAGAGAAACCCGAAGGAAUGACGGAUAAGCAAUUCUCUAAGAAGGACGAGAUGGCCUUGGCAAAUUUGCAGCUGGCGUUGGACGACAAUGUUCUGUUCAAUGUAGAGACAGAGUCAACUGCAAAAGGGCUUUGGGAAAAGCUUAAGAAUAUUUAUGAAGGCAAGUCGCUGGCAAACAAGAUUUUUCUAAGGCGGCAGCUUUACAACUUGAAGAUGAAAGAUGGAGGGUCAGUACAAGAGCACCUCAAUGUAUUCAAUUCCCUUACUAGUAAGCUUCUGUCUCUUGAUGUUAAAAUUGAUGAUGAAGAGAAAGGAAGUAUCUUACUUUCCUUUCUUACUAUGUUCUAUGCCUAACUCUUGGGAUAACCUGAUUAUGAGUUUGAGCCAUGUGAAGGUUCUUGAUAUGGACUCUGUUGUAGCAUCACUAUUAACUGAGGAGAUGAGGCGAAAAUCUAGCCAAUCUAGUCCUGGAGAUGCUAAAAUUUAUAAUGUAAUAUUUAGUAUAAGUUAAGUUUCAUUAAAUGUAAUAUUUAUAA